CGCGGAGCCAGUCAGUCGAGCUAGCCAUGUCAGCGAAUCGCGUCCACCGGACGUUCGUUUUCCUCGCGAUCGCGUGCGUGGGGGCGAGUGGGGCGCGCGGCGGCGACCGGAGGACGAGGCCGCGCGAGCCGCCCGUCGAGGAGGCCGCCGAGGUGUCCGACCAGUGCCCGGAGCCGGACGGCUACUUCGCCGACGCCGAACAGUGCGACAAGUUCUACCACUGCGACAAGGGCCGCAUCACCGAGAAGCUCUGCCCCGACGGGCAGGUGUUCAACGACUACAGCUCCGAGUACGAGAAGUGCGAUCUGCCGUUCAACAUCGACUGCUCGUCGCGGCCCAAACUGCAGGAGCCCCAGCCCAGCGAGCACUGUCCCAGGAAGCACGGUUACUUCGCGCACGAACAACGCAACAUCUGCGACAAAUUCUACUUCUGCGUGGACGGCAAAUUCAACCAGAUCACCUGCCCCGACGGGCUGGUGUACAACGAGAAGUCGGGCAUCUGCUCGUGGCCGGACGAGGCGAAGCGCAAGGGCUGCACGUCGGAGGAGGUGUUCGCGUUCGAGUGCCCCAAGGUGCCCGAGGAGGUGGGCAUCACGCACCCGCGCUACGCCGAUCCCGACGACUGUCAGUUCUUCUACGUGUGCAUCAACGGGCACUCGCCGCGCCGCAACGGCUGCAAGCUGGGCCAGGUGUUCGACGACGUGUCGAAGCGCUGCGACUGGGCGAGGAACGUGCCCGAGUGCGCCGAUUGGUACAAGGGCCGGCUCACCGACCAGCAGCUCAAGGAUUUGGAGAAUCCACCCACGGCCCGGCCGAGGGCUACUAAAGUGAGCAAAAGGAAGCACCGGCCCAGGGUGGAGGUCGACGACGAGUGAUCACUAGACUAUUUUUUAUUAACACUCUUUUAGAAAUUUUCUUGUAAGUAAUUCAAUUAUUUUUCGAGCGAUGAUUAUUCCAAAUUAGAGCGAUCCG